UAUUAUCAUGGCUCAGUUUAAAUAUCGGUGCAGCGUGUUCUUUCUCUGCUGAAGCACACUGCGCCUCGCCUGUUUUCAACUUGUUGUUUUAUUUGUCAUUUUACGAGCGGAAUAAAAUUGUAUAAGUUACAGAAAAACGUCGCUCGGUGACAACAAACCAUUAGUCGACUGGUGGCGAUAAUUUGGGAUUAUGGUCAUCAAGGUUUACGUCGCUUCCUCAAGUGGCUCUAUCGCGGUAAAGAAACAUCAGCAAGCAGUUGUGGGUUUCCUGGAAGCAAAUCGAAUUAACUUCCAGGAAGUAGACAUUACCAUGCUGGAGGAGCAGAGGCUCUGGAUGUACCGCAAUAUCCCCAAGGAAAAGAAACCAGAGAAAGGCAACCCACUGCCUCCACAGAUCUUCAAUGAGGAUCGCUACUGUGGUGACUACGAAGAUUUCUUUCAGUCGAAGGAGAACAACACUGUGUUUGCAUUCCUUGGACUCAGUUCUCAACUGAGUAAGACAGUGAGUGAUUUAGUGUGCUAAAUAGAUCAAGCUCAUCGUUACACAUGCAUAACUUCCUGCAUUGCAUCACCUCCUUUCUCGUGACAACUCCAGAGUUUUGCCAAACUUCAGCCAUAGUGAAUGCCACCUCGCUGAACCAUUCACCAGAUCUGAAAAGGGCCCAACGCUGCCUCUACAGAGAUGAAAUCAUGGAGGACUAACUUUGCCUGGGCUCCAUUUGGAUUUGGUUUUGUUACUUAACACGGCGUGUCAGCAAACGAUGCUUGUAGCACACAUUCCUGCUAACUCGAGAACCACGUAGCAGCAUUUUCAUCAGUGGCCUUUUAAAAGUGUCAGUGCAAUGGAUGGAGGUAAAUGUUUAGGUGCUUCACUGUAGGACAGUUUUUGUUUACACCCUUAUUUAAGUGAGCAAGCAUCUGUGUACAUACUUUCUGCUAGAGUCUGUAUCUGUCAGCAGCUGCUGAUGAAGGCUGGUUGGAUGAAGGGAGGACUUAAUGCAGCCUAAAACAAACCAGGAGUUCGCCUGGGAGCCUGACUGUGUCUGUUAUGACCAAAUGCUAAAAAAAAAAAAAAAAAUUCUUACAAGCUGAAAAGCUUUACUAAAUGUCAGAAUUAAACAAUUUGUAGCUACCUGUAUCUAGUUAAACAGUGCUGUUUAAAGAUUUCAUGUUUAUUUGUUUCCUGUGCAUGCAGUCGGUCUCGUGGGAUGAUUUAAAUUUGGGACAUUUUGGCCUUCCCAUGCAGUAUCUGGGUCUAUUUCUUGGACUCUUCCAUUCUAUUUAGGCUGCAUUUUGUUGCAGAUGAAGACAAACAAAGGCUGUAUGGAUCAUUUUAAUCCUCGGAUUAGGUGCUCCAGUUGUUUCGACAGCUUGGGUUUCCCCUUGUCUCUACACUGCCAAAUGUCAAAGCAAACAUGCACUCCACUGUGGACAGACUUCCAUAUUUGUGCUGUAUAUGUCAUGAAAUACAAGUUUAACUUUUCUUAUCUUUCAGUCAUAAGUUUGCACUUGUUCUCCAAUCCCUGUUAAACUGUUCAGGUUUGAUAUUAUCUCAGCAUCAUGGAUGAACACUUGUAUUAUUUUCUCAACUCAAAUGUAGCAUUACAGGCAAAAUUUUAUGCAAAAAUAUUCCCAAUUUUGCUGACAUGUCUCCUUUGUUGUUGCAUCAUGAAAUGACCUUGCAUUUUUUUGUUUUAAUAGUGAUCUACAGGUUCACUGUAUCACAUAUAAUACUGUGCUACUCUUCCUGUUUUGCUGUCUUUUUUUUAAAUUAGGGCUUUUGUUUCUGCUUGUAAUAAGAUCAUAAGAAUUGUACUCAAUCACAUUUUACUGUGAGGAUUAUUUUAUUUUGCAUAAAUGCAGAUUACAGUAUAAUUGCUUUAUUGUCAAGUGCAUUUUAUUUUUUACACUAGCUUUCCUUUUACUAUUUUAAGAUGUUUUUACUCUACUGUAAAAUAUAGUAAACUAAUAAUAAUAACAAUAAUAAAAUGAAUCAGUUGUAAGAGAUCAGCACACCAUGGAAAAACCUAAGUGUGGCUGUUUUACUAGAGCACCACAUAUACUGCAUCACAAAAUUGUCAAAUGGAAAGAUAAAAAAGCACUAAUUUAAAUGUAUUAGGACUGAACAAAAGUUCCACAUAAGAGUGAAAUGGAAGGAGUAUAAUUGCUUUUAAGUUGUGAAGUUAUUUGUGAUUAAUGUAAUGACAUACAUUAAUCAAUGUAAAUCAAAUGGAGUUUUUUUGUUGUUAUUUACAAUCUGGUAUUACUUUGUCAGAAAUGUGUAUGUGGCUCCUUUAUGGCCCUGAAGAGUAAAACAAAACCGGAAGUAAAAACUGAUCCUGGGAAAAAGGAAAAAAAAAAAAAGAUUAUAAAUAACGGCAAUAAAGCCCGAACUUCU